AUGGGUCUGAACAACUCAUCAUGUCGCUCCAUUCAUGACGCAGGCGACCUAAUAUAUGAUGCUGGGACAUACAUCUCUCCGUCUGUGCCCCAGAAAGGCGUAUCUUUUUUGAAACUACUGGCUAACACGUUGGCCUAUUUUAAAUCUACUAAUCGGAUCCUUCAAACUCUACACCAUCUUCUUCCUGUGGACUGUCAACAGAAUAGUACCUCCAGUGAUUUUAACAACCCCGACGUCAUGAACCAACUAGCAGCAAAGCUAGGCCUAUCUCCGGAGCUCCAAUUCUACGACGUCUAUUCCCUAGAUGACCCAUCACAGCUUACACACAUCCCCCGACCUGCUCUGGCACUCUUAGUCAUUAUCCCACUUACACCAGCCUGGGACCAAAGCCGCAAGGCCGAAGACGCUAACAAAGAAGAACCCUACCCUGGCUCCGGCCGUCCUGACGAGCCAGUCAUCUGGUUCAAGCAGACCAUCGGCCAUGCUUGCGGAUCGAUCGGGCUAUUACAUAGUGUGAUCAACGGUCCGGCUGUCGACUUCAUCACACCUGGGUCCGAUCUUGAGACGAUACGGAACCUCGCCAUACCGCUGGAUAUGAACAAACGCGCUAAAAUGCUCUAUAAUAAUGAAGCGUUUGAAGUUGCUCAUAAGUCAGUUGAGCAGACGGGCGAAAGCGAUGCCAAUCUAAUGGAUGAGCGUGAUGGUGGGCAUUUCGUUAGUUUCGUCAAGAGCGGCGGGAAGCUCUGGGAGCUGGAGGGGUCGAGGAAGGGGCCUCUGGAGAGGGGAGACCUUGCUGAGAAUGAGGAUGUUCUUAGUCCGCGGGCGCUUGAUAUGGGCAUCAGGAGGAUCAUCAAGCUGAAUGCGGAUGAAGGGGGUAGUCUGCUUUUUAGUUGCAUUGCUCUGGCGCGUAAGGCAUAG